CAUGAAUAUUGUUAAGUCAGUGAGAUCACCUUUUAUUAAGCUAAGAUGAUGAAGUUGGCGUUGUGUGCCCUUGCAUUGUUGUUGCUGAACCGUGCUGCUGCUCAAGAUGAUUGCUGCUUCUCCAUCAACAAGACAAGCAGACAGUUCAUGGAUACAUAUGGUCGUGCAAGAAUAUUCCAUGGAGUGAACAUAGUAUACAAGAGGUUCCCGUACCAUCCAAUCAACGCCACCUUUGACCCCCAGCUAUCUCUGAGCAGUGAGGAUGUGACCUUCCUCAAGGAGAAUGGGUUUAGUGUUGUGAGACUCUAUGUGGCCUGGCCAGGGCUCGAGCCAAGCAAGGGAAGCUACAACAGUACCUAUCUCGAUGUUCUAGCUGACUUUGUGGAUGUCCUUGGAAAAGCUGGAAUAUACACCAUCCUUGACUGCCACCAAGAUGUCUGGUCGCCCAAGUUCUGUGGGGAAGGGGCCCCAGAUUAUGCUGCCUUGUAUGAGAAUCGGACCAUAAAACCACUUCAAUUCCCAACCCCUAUACCGACACUCAGUCCAUUCAAGGUGGAUCCCAAGACAGGGUAUCCCGACGCAGAGGAGUGCUCUAAACACAACUUCUUUACAUACUACUUCACUGAUGCAGUGGGAAAGACAAUGCAAAGUCUGUAUGACAAUGAGCAACAAAUACAAGAUCAUUUUGGGAUGUUCUGGGAGAGAGUGGCUGAGAGGUUUGAGGGAAACGAGUACGUGCUCGCCUAUGAGCUGUUGAACGAACCUUGGGCAGGAGAUGUAUACCGACAUCCAGACCAGCUUGAACCACACGUGGCUGAUGCUAAGAACCUGCAGCCCAUGUACAAGAAGCUCCAUGAGAGCAUCAGAAAGUAUGAUCAGAAACACAUCAUCAUGUUUGAGCCAACUAUCAUCAUAACCAGUGUUCCUGUGGGAGGCUUUGCCAAUACCGGCCUGAGCGAGGGGCCUGGUGGACCGGCAUUCAAUGACAGACAAGCUCUCUCCUACCAUCUCUACUGUGUGUUCCUCGACAGCCAUGGGCAGCCUAGCAACACUCGAUUCUGUGAUGCCUCAAACAAAGAAGUGGUCGGGAUAAGAAUGGAUGAUGCCAAGAAACUGGGAGUGGCUGGUUUCCUUACGGAAUGGGGUGCUUACGAUGACGCCACUUAUCCGGGCUCCAAACCUUACGAGGAUGCAUUGGAUAUUCUAAGACUAGCUGACCAACACCUCCAGUCAUGGACGUAUUGGCAAUACAAAGGCUAUGGAGAUUUCACAACGCAGAGCUCAUCAGCCAGUGAGGGACUGUGGUUCAUGAAUGGUAGUCUGCAGACACACAAGUUGGAGUUACUCACACGGACGUAUGCCAAGGCUGUGAGUGGAGACUUUGUGAGUCAGACCUUCUCUCCAGAGACUGGUAACUUCCUCCUCUCCUUCAUUGCUCGUACUAAGCUAGCUCACGCCCCCUCACUCAUCUACCUUAACGAGGAUAUUCACUAUCCCAAUGGCUUCACUGUCAGUGUGUCUCCGAGUGGAGCUGCAGUGUACAGCACCAGCCACAACACAAUAGAGCUCAGUCUGAGUGAGACAGUCAUGGAUGGACAGGUAUUAACAGUGGAGAUUGUGCAAAAGACAUGAGAACAGGGAGGGAAUAUUAAUUGAGUAUAUAAUUAUGUGAUUUUAACAGACUAUUUAUUAAAUACUAAAACCAUUAUUAUAAUCGUUUUCCUGCA